AUGGGAAAUUGGUGCUGCGGUCAGCGGCCGACCACCGACUCAUCUCCGUGUCUCGCACAGUUCUCAAUUAUUCGCAGUAUUGGACGAGGAGCAUUCGGCAAGGUUUGUAUUGUCCAACAACGCUCGACAAAGAAGUAUUUUGCUCUCAAGUACAUGAGCAAGAGGCGGUGUAUUGAUAAGGGUGUUGCUGGUAACGUACUUCGUGAACUUAGCCUACUUCGUAAGUGCUCUCAUCCGUUUAUGGUCAACCUCUGGUACACAUUUCAGGAUCCGUGCGACUAUAUGUACAUGGUGACUGAUCUCCUGCUCGGUGGCGAUCUCAGAUUUCAUUUGAAUCAGCAAGGAAAAUUUGCUGAAGACCGGUCAAAACUCUAUAUGUGCGAAAUCUCCCUUGCUAUUGAAUACCUGCACGGCCGAGGGAUCAUUCAUCGUGACAUAAAACCGGAAGAAUAUUCUGUUGGAUGA